AUGCGCUCCGCCGUCGCCUUCGCGUCCCUCGCCUCCCUCGCGACCCUCGCCGCCGCCCAGUCUGGUUACGGCCGCUUCCCCUGCACAAUCGUCAACCCCGACGGCUCGUACUCGCCUGACCAAGCCGCCUGCGCCUCCUCGGCCCUCGUCGCGCCCGGUUCUGGUACCGGCAACACCGACGGCACGCAAGGCGACGGCGUCAACCCUACGAACGCGCAGUGCGUCGUCGAGAGCGAGUCGGGCGCGUACUUUUGCGGCAUCGCCGGUGCGCAGUGCACGACCGAUGCGAAUUGCGACAACGGCCACUGCGUCUCGGGUCUCUGCCAGGGCGGCUUCAACCAGGCGUGCGCGAGCAGCGACCAGAACUGCCUCGGCUUCCUCUACUGUCUCGCCGCCGACUACUCCUCAACUGCGACGAACGAAUGCGGAGCGGUCGGCGCUUUCUGCCAGGACUACGCCGCGGCCUCGCCUAGCUUAACGGACGCCGCAGCCGAGAAGAUCUUCAACCAGUUCUGCGCAACGGGGUACUGCAACUUCGAGACGGGCAACUGCGACAACCGCGUCGCGCUCGGAGGGGACUGCUCGACCGACCCGACCUACGCGUGCGAGGCGCCCUACACCUGCGACUCCACUACUUUCACCUGCGUCGUCGCGACCGCCUCGCAGCGCGCUCGCUCCCGCCGUUCGAUGCACCAGCAGAUCCGCAAGUCGAGGCGCAAUGUCUGCCCCGCUGGACACGAGGCGUGCCGGGUCGCUGGCCUCAAGAAGGGCUACGAGUGCGUCGACGUCGCGAGCAACAUCGAGCAGUGCGGUGCUUGCGUCGAGGCGGGUGGUGUCGACUGUACGGCGUUGCCGAACGUUGCGGCUGUCGGUUGCGUCGCUGGAGCUUGCGAGAUCUGGGCUUGCGAGGACGGCUUCGACUACGACCCCGUCGCCGGCGCCUGCAUCGCCUAA